UCCAAAAUCCAGUCAGGCAGGACAGUAUGAGAGAAAGGUUGAUAAAACUUGUUUCACAGCACCCCGUCCUUUUUGAUAAAAGACGGGAUGAUUUUAUGAACAACGAAUUAAAGGACAACGUCUGGCAGUCCAUUGUCCACCUUGGUGGCUGCGGUAAGAGUGAUAUUUAAGAUGAACCCUCGCUUUAUCCUUUUCAUCCACCUGGUGAUCAACAACAUCAUCCAGCUGACAACCAGCAUUAGCCUCUUCAUCUUCACCUACACCUUCCACACCAUCUACGUCUCCCUGUGCUGCCUCUUUAUAUUGCCGGCAAUCUUUACCACUCAAAACACCCCUCUGAACUUGGCCUUUAUGGCAGCAGAGUGCUACAUUGCUGUCUGCAUUCCUCUCCGCCACAGCUCCAUAUGUACAGUGAAAAGGACAUAUAUUGUAAUAGCAAUAGUCUGGACAAUGAGUUCACUGUCUGUCCUGCCAGAUGUCUUCAUCCUUUUGGCCACUGAACCUCCAGAGUUCUUAAAUUCAAGAGUGUUCUGCGCAAGGGAUACCGUGUUUAGGAGCACCUACAGUUUAAAGAAGAGGGAUGCUUCCCACAUAUUGUUUCUGGUAGUGGUCUGGCUCACUUUGUUCUACACUUACUUCAGAAUUUUGUUUGUGGCCAGAGCUGCUGAUUCAGACGCCAAAAAGGCAAAAAACACAAUCAUCCUUCAUGGCUUUCAGGUGCUGUUGUGUAUGAUGGUCUAUGUGCAACCUAUGUUAAGGCAAAUGCUCAUAUACUUGUUCCCAGGAGGUGUAGCAGCCAUUAACUUUGUUGUCUUUAUCAUAAACCAAAUCCUCCCUCGCUUUGUUAGUCCUAUUGUCUAUGGGUUACGAGACAAGACUUUCAGGAAGUACAUUAAAAAGUAUCUGUGUACAGUGAACAGCCAUCCAAAGAUGCCACAUCACAAAAACUAAUGUUUCUCCUCGUGCUGUUGGUGAGUGAAAGUCAGACUUUUGUUGUAUCCACAUUAAAAAAUGUAUGACACAGAUUUUUUUUUUUUUUAAACAAAAUGAAGAAUGUGGUUGCAUCAUACAAACGAGGAGAUUAUUUGCAGAUUAUUAGAUCUUGAAUACAGAGCACUAACAUUAUAAAACUAGUAGUACCACCUCACAGACGUGUGACUCCUUAAACCAGUCAGGCUGCAGUUGCAGUUCACAUCCACAUCUGUCAACACUCACAUGGAGCCAAGACAAUUGACAAUUCUUCAAAUGUGGAUGUUGCUGCACUGACGCAACAAAUUCUAAAUUAACGAAUUCAGUAACUGACUAUAUGUCUCCCGCCCUCUGUUCCUGAGAUAUGGUGUUGUAUAAUGGCCAGAAAUGUGGUUUGGAUGAACAUUAUAAUGUCACAGGGAAGGUGACGUAAAAUGUUAUCACUUCAUUGUUGUAUUUUAUUAAACAUUCAUGGAAAAUUUUGUCAUAAUUAGCAUGGCUCACGAUUUGACUCUGAAGCAGAGGGCAACGAUUCCAUUAUUACAUCAUUAGCAAUGCAUCUCUAUGCUUCAAAUUUUUUUUAAUUCUAUACAUGAUUUAUUUCUCCUCACUGUGUGACUUUUAAAACGUGGUUAAGGUAUCUGUAAUGACCCAUAAUUAAAUUAAAAGAUUAAUUUACUUGCACACAGUUUGGCUCUUGUCAAAGUCCCUUUUCCCUUCAGCUUUACAGGAGCCAAAAUGCUUCUUUACUCAAGUCUUUAAACUGGGGGCGCAGUCAGAUUGCAUCAUUGGUUAGUCUACAGUUUCUCACACCAACCCACUGUGGGAUAUUUAUGCCAGCGUAUUAUCCAGUGUUUGCAUACUUUAAUAUUUCACUGAGCAAGAUUUCUGAGCUAGUUAACAAUUAGCCAUAACAAACACAAGGUUUGAGCACAUGGUGAUUCAAAAGUGUACCAAGUAUCUGAACACCCUGGGCCAGAGAAUGUUGAUCAACUUUGUGGUUAUAUCAUUAGAUCUGCGGCCGUAUGUCUUGGACACUCUGGGUAAGGAGAGAAGCCUGGGAGGCUGUUGGCCAGACCUGGUUAAACCCAUGUGUAAUAGAGUGAAUUCAAAAAGUCUGCCAGGUCUUCAACUUCUACCUGCCGAAGAAUUUCUGGUGCACCCCAGGGGAGGAUGGGCACAUGGAAUCUGAGUGGACCAUGUUCAAAACUUCCACUGUGGAGACAGCUUUUUGGAGUUGCUGUUGGAAAGUUGUCAGUGCCUGCAGGCAACUUAACAACCCACUAGUGGACAGCAGAGGUGAAGGAGGCCUUCAAACUGAAGAACCAGGCCUCGGGCUUGGUUGGCCCAGGGGUCUCAUGAAUAGACAGACAGGUUAUCGGGGAGCCAGACGGGCUGCAGCCGUGACAGUCACAAAAGCAAAAGCCAGUUACGGGCGGGGAUCGGGGAGGCUUUGGAGAAGGACUUCUGGCUGACUUCAAGAAGAGCGCACAUACCGUGGGACAACUCAGCAUGAGCAAAGCGCUGCUCUGAGAGUCCAACAGCUCUCACUGAUUAACACUACAACAUAUUUCAACAAACAUGCAAUUAAUGGCAACAAAGGACAUGGGGAAAUAACUGCAAGUCACAAACAAUUGCUGCAAGAUGGUUUGUUUACACAUCAAAACAUAGGCCUGUGUUGUUCUCAUUCCA